ACCUUUACCGUUUGGGGAAAGAAUAACUGUCCGAAUGUGAAUGGCACCGAAAUGAUUUACAAAGGAUUUACCGGUGGAAAAAGUUUCUCAGAAAAAGGAGGUGGUGCAAACACCCUUUGUCUUCCUCACGAUCCAGAAAGACUACCAUAUGGUAUUUCGGUCAUUAGCGGUGAUGACUACGGGCACCUGUAUGGAGCAGAAUACCAAUUUUCCAUCCACCGCGUCCACAUACAGGAAGAUGUUCCGUGUGCCGUUUGUCGUGCCAAAAUGGCGUCUUCCACCAUCAUGAUCUCCGGAAAACAUUCAUGCCCGGUGACCUGGCGAAAACAGUAUUCUGGUUUCCUGACAUCCAGUUGGCAUGACUAUGAAAGUACAGAAUACCUUUGUCUGGACGAUGAUCCGGAUUUCAUCGAAGGAUCUAGACGUGACGAUAACGGAAGGUUGUUUUAUCCUGUGAAAACCGUGUGUGGUUCUCUCCCUUGUCCUCCAUAUGAGAACAAUGUUCUUGUUGGCUGUGUUGUUUGCGCAAAAUAGAUUUUAAUAUAUUUUUUAUUCGUUUUAGUCUAUUUUAUUGAAUCUCGUAGCAUAUAAUUAUUUUCAAGUCACUUUUUACAAAAAUGCUGGUAGGACUCUUUUUAU